CUAGCAAGUAAAAACCUGAAUUUAAAACAACUGUGGGGGAGAGAGAAAAAGAGGUGAGAGAAGAAGGUUAAACUGGAAAAAGAAGUUCAAGUUAGAAGAAGGUGAUUGAAAAUGGAAAAAAGGGUUUGGAUUUGGAGGGUAUUUUGUAUAGUGUCAAAGUUUAGAUGGUAGAAAGAGAGGAAACCACAGCAGACGCAAUGAUGAGAUCACAGAGAUCUUUAAUCCUGUUUCUGACCAAACACUGCCACCCUUACCACUGGCAUCAUCAACUCCCUUCCAUAGCCCAAUAAAAAGUAGAGUUUUCUCUCUUCUCUCCCUUUAUUUCCCAAUUUUUACUCUCUCUCUCUCUGGAAUUGGGAAAAUUGGGAUUUGGGUGUGUGGGUUUUGUUGCCUGCUCAGCUGGGUAUUGUUAACCCCUAUAAACCAGUUUGGUAAGUCCACAUAUAGAGCAGAAAAAGCAGUGUAUAAUUAAAGAGGCACAAAAAUCAAAAGUUAGACUAGCAUAGAGGAGAGAGAGAGAGAGAGAGAGAGAGAGAGAUGGGUUAGGCUGGCAGGGAGCUGGUUUAGCCUCUCUCUUUGGUCUGGUUUGGGUUUUUAAUUAGGGGACCCUUUUGGAAAUUGGUGGUGGUGGUGGGGGGGUGUUGUGUGUUAUGUGAUAUGGAACUGAAAACAUUGAAUGGCAGAGGCUUUUGGGAGAGGCAGAGGCAGCAGCAAAAGAAGCAGCUUUCAGAGAAGAGGUGGCAGCACAAGCAACAACAGCAUCAACAACAAGAUCAGGAGAUCAGAACCCACUAGCAAAAAAAAGUGUUGUAGUAGCAGAAGCCCAAAUAGUAAAAGUAGCAAUAGUGGUAGAAGAAGAAGCAGAACAAGUACUGUUCCAUUAAAAGCUGGAAGAAGAAAAUCACAAGGGCCUGACUCUGGAUCCUCAAAGGAACCAUCACCACCAUUAUCUCCACCUUCCUCUGCAUCAAAACCAAAACCCAAUUCUCAAUUUCACCCAUCAACAAGGCCAAGAAGAAGAAGAAGAACAUCACCAAAAUCACCAAGCUUUCAACUUUCCGCAACAUCCUUAUCUCCAACAAGCAGACCAACAGCAACAACACCACCAGCAUUUCUUUGGUGGCUUAUUGUUAGACACAAGAUCCACAGAGGCAGCAGAACUUCAAGCCCAACAACAACGAGCCCCAAAGAAACGCAACUUCUUCACUUCUUCUUCUUCAACUUUGGGGGAACAGAGCAUCGAAUAUGCAAGAUCAAAAAUGGGCGACACCCACCACCACCACCACCCCGAAGCAACGACGUCGUCCAGACUGGGGAUAAGGCCGUCUUCGGGGCUCAGCGCCGACAUCGUGGAGGUGGUUCGAGGCAGCCACAUUGUCCGGUCCACGGGUCGAAAAGACCGGCACAGCAAGGUCUGCACUGCAAAAGGCCCAAGAGACCGCCGCGUCCGGCUCGCUGCUCACACCGCCAUUCAAUUCUACGACGUCCAGGACCGCCUCGGCUACGACCGGCCCAGCAAGGCCGUCGAUUGGCUCAUCAAGAAGGCCAAAGCCGCCAUAGACGAGCUCGACGAGCUUCCCUCAUGGAACCCACAUUCAGUUUCGACCACAACAGCGUCUACGGCGGUUACAGCCAUGGAGACCCAGAACCCAACAACCACUGGCUUCCACUGCUUUGCGGCGGUGGACGCAAUUGGUUCUGCUAAUCGAAGAGCAACAAUGGUGGGGAGUGGAGUUUCAGAGCAAAUUGUUCAAAAUCAAAACCCACUUACCAACUCGACUUUACUCCCACCAUCGCUGGACUCUGACGCCAUUGCAGACACUAUCAAGUCCUUCUUCCCAAUGGGUGCUUCUGCAGGUGCAGCCGAGGCUCCAUCGUCGACGAUACAGUUUCAGAACUACCCACCAGAUUUACUGUCCAGAACAAGUAGCCAUAGCCAAGAUCUACGCCUUUCUCUGCAUUCUUUCCAAGACCCAAUUCUUCUGCAGCAUCAACAAGCUCAAGCUCAGCACCACCAGGCUCAAACCCAUCAAAAUGAGCAAACCCUCUUCUCAGGAACACAGCAACAAAACCCACUUGGGUUUGAUGGGUGGACAGAGCAUCACCAGCAGCAGCAGCAAGCAGAGAUGAACAGAUUUCAGAGAAUGGUAGCUUGGAAUAGUGCUGGUGGUGGAGAUACUGGUAAUGGUGGUGGAUCGUCAUCAUCAGCUGGGUUUGUAUUCAACUCGCUGCUCCCAACGCAACAGAGUACUAGUUCUCUGCAGCCAUCGCUGUUUGGCCAAAGCCACUUCUUUUCUUCUCAGAGGGGACCCCUUCAGUCCAGUAACUCGCCUUCAGUUCGUGCUUGGAUGAUGGACCAACAAAACCAACAAUCGAUUUCUCAUGACCAUCAUCAAAUCUCGCCAACCAUUCAUCAUCAUCAUCAGUCUUCGUCUUCCAUUUCCAACAUGGGAUUCGCCUCAGGAGGCGGAUUCUCCGGCUUCCACAUCCCGGCACGAAUUCACGGCGAGGAGGAACACGACGGCAUAUCCGACAAGCCGUCCUCUGCUUCCUCCAAUUCUCGCCAUUGAAACAAACAAAAAGAAAGACUGAACUUCUCUUCAAAGGGCUCAGACUCAUCUCUACCUUCCACAGGGAGAUAAAAUGAGUAAGCUGUUGGUGCCAAUUCAGACAUGGCCACAGAGAAGAUUUUCCGGUCCCUUUGAUUCAAUGGCGUGCGCCUUGGGAAGAAGAAAUCUGAGUGCAUUUUCGGGUUUUUUCGAUCUCUCGGCUUUAACUUUGUUUAGCUUUUAUUUCAUAAUUUAGUUGCUUAUGUUGUUGUAGCAGCUCUGUUUUCAUGUUUGAGUUGAGCUCUUGAAGCUGAAACUUUUUACUUACUCUAUGUUAAAUUUGCUCUGUGUUUCUGUUGCUAGACUAGUAAUGUGUUGUUGGUUUGCUUCAUUUUUCA